UAAAACACGUCAUAAACAUGUGUCACGUACAGUGUUGGCUUUUGACGGCAGGAUUGCUUCUUAUAGUGGGUGCUCAAGGACCUGGACCAGGACCAGGUCGAAAAAGGAUCGUGUCCGAUCAAAAUAACGAAUAUUCGCUACAAAUGCAAUCUAGAGCAGUCGAUACGCGAGUUACUUUAGAAAUACCUGAAGGGCAACCGAAAGGAACAGUUGUUGGAAAAAUCCCUACCAAACCUGGAUUUACCUAUCGGUUUAACGAGCCUCCCCGAGAAUUUAUAUUAGACGGAAGCACAGGCGAAAUAAAAACAAAUGCGAUUUUAGAUAGGGAAGCGCUUCAAAAUGAUCGAUACGAUCUAAUUGUUCUAUCAAGUCAACCGACGUAUCCCAUCGAAGUGCGAAUUGUUGUGAAAGACAUCAACGACAACGCUCCAGAAUUUCCAGAACCAGUUAUAGCUGUUUCGUUCUCAGAAAGCGCUGCUUCAGGGACAAGAUUACUUUUAGAUGCAGCAAGUGAUAGGGACGAAGGGUCCAAUGGUAUAUCUAACGACUACAAAAUAGUAGCUGGCAAUAGAGACGAAAAGUUUCAACUAAUCGUAACAGAGAAUCCAACAGGUGGUGGUUCAUAUUUACAUUUAGAAACGACCGGAAAACUUGAUAGAGAAACGUAUGGGUUUUACAUAUUGAACAUUUCAGCUAGAGACGGUGGCCGACCUCCGAAAUAUGGUUACUUACAAGUUAACGUAACCAUACUCGAUGUCAAUGAUAAUCCUCCCAUAUUUGAUCAUAGCGAUUAUAUUGUUUCUCUCAACGAAAGCGUUCCACCUGGCAGUCCGGUGCUUCAAGUUAUGGCUACAGAUAACGACGUCGGUGAUAACAGCAAAAUUACUUAUUAUCUCUCAGAAACGGAACACCAAUUUUCUGUCGAUCCGGAAACUGGCGUCAUAUCGACCACAGAACCCCUGGACUGUCCUCAGCAAAGCUGUUCCCAAAGCAAUAAGCCAGGAGGCGGAAGAUGUCCUAAAAGCUGCGUUUUCACAGUUUUCGCCCGUGAUCACGGAUGUCCUAGACAAGACGGAAGAACGUAUGUUACCGUGAAUUUGGUAGAUGCUAAUGACCAUGUACCAGAUAUUCAAUUCCGAUACUUUCCAUCAACGGCCGAAUUUGCUACAGUGGAUGAGAAUGCCGCAAACGGAUCCGUAGUAGCAGCAGUUUCUGUUAGGGACGAAGACGAAGGUCUUAAUGGUGAAACUACGGUUAAAAUAGUAGCUGGAAAUGAAUUAAAUCACUUUCGAUUGGAGUACAGUCCCAGCUUUGAAAUAGUGCGGGUCAAUGGUGUUUUGGAUCGAGAAGAAAUCAGCAAGUACAACCUCACAGUGGUAGCAACAGAUAAAGGGACUCCGCCCAGAACUGCUACGGCCUUCCUCAUUAUUCAUGUAAAUGAUGUUAACGACCACGAACCUGUCUUUGAAAAAAGCGAAUAUUCCGCAGUUUUGAGCGAACUCGUACCACCGGGAACUUACGUUGCUGGAAUUACUGCUUCGGAUGAAGAUACCGGAGUCAAUGCACAAAUUUAUUACAAUUUUAUAUCGGGAAAUGAAAACGAUUGGUUUUCAAUUAAUUCUAAUUCAGGACUAAUAACAACAAAGGCUCCUCUUGAUAGAGAAAUUCAAGGUAGUGUGGAAUUGAAUAUUUCUGCAAGAGAUGGUGGACCGAAUCCUAAAUGGGCUUACACUCAACUCAAAGUUACCAUUUUGGAUGAAAACGACGAAGCACCAAAAUUCUCCCAAAAAUCUAUUAACGUUAGCUUAUCAGAAAGUUCACCGCCACACACCCUUGUUGCCAUGUUAACAGCUGUUGAUCAUGAUCAAGGCACAAAUGGUAGUGUGACAUAUUCUUUACAAUCGUCAGUGCAACGAAGAUACAAAGAUACGUUUGCUUUAGACUCGCUAACGGGUCAAUUAACAACAAAAACGAGAUUAGACAGAGAACGAAUAUCAAAGUACGAGAUAAACGUGAUCGCAAAAGAUCAAGGGAUACCGCCACAAUCGUCUACAGCAACGGUAUUGUUGACUGUACUAGAUGUGAACGAUAACAGCCCCGAAUUUUAUCCGCAAAAGUAUUUCUAUCCCGUUUCUGAAGACACAAAAAUUGGAAGCUCACUUUUAAAAGUUACAGCUACUGAUUUGGACGAAGGCGAAAACGCUAUGAUAACCUAUAAAAUAGAAACUGGAAGCGAAAACUUAUUUUCCAUUGACGAAUGGUCUGGUAUCAUAAGUUUACGUGGAAAUCUUCGAACUUCUCAAAAACCCAUAUAUAAGUUAAAAAUAUCCGCUAAAGAUCAUGGGGAUAAGAGGGCAAGUGAAGAUGCUUUGGUAGAAAUAAUAAAAAAGGAUUAUAUGGAGAAAUUGGAAUUCGACAAUUUCGGUUCGUACGAAUUUCAAAUUUAUGAAGAUCACGAUGAACGUCCACCAUCAAUAGGAAGAGAAGUUGGCAAAGUUAGGGUGCGUUCUAGCGAAUCCGUAUCAUAUUCAAUCGUCUACGGAGAUCCAGAGCAUAACUUCAACAUAGAUGAACAUUCUGGACAAAUCGCAACAGCAAGCAAAAUAGAUCGAGAAGAACAACUAACUUACAGUCUCACUGUUGUAGCACGCGUAGGUCUUUCGUAUGGCAAUACAACCGUAAAUAUAAUCGUUUUAGAUUUGAAUGACAAUCGACCAACAUUUUUACGUGAUCGAGAUGAAAUUACACUACCUGAAAAUGCUGCCGUUGGUCAGGAAGUUUACUUAGCAAGAGCUAGAGACCUCGAUUCAGGAAUUAAUAGCCGCAUUAACUAUAGUCUUAGUUACAAUCCGGACGAUCAGUUCCGGAUUUCUGAAGCUACUGGAGUUAUUUAUCUAAACAGACCGAUAAGAGUUGAACCCGGCACGACAUUACAAACAGAGGUUACUGCAAACGACAGAGGUGAUCCACCAUUAUCAUCGAAACAUCUGGUCAUCGUUAAUAUAGAAGAUGUCAACGACCAUACCCCCAUUUUUGAUCAUACCUCGUAUGAAACGUCGCUUUUCGAAUCAACUCCGGUUAAUACGAGAUUUUUUGCUCUUGCUGCCAGCGACGUGGACCUUGGAGCAAACGGAAGGAUAAAUUAUGCAAUCACCGAGGGAAAUUCAGAAGGGAAAUUUGGUAUCUUUCCAGACGGAUAUUUGUUUGUAAGAAAAUCUUUGGACAGAGAACACAAAGACUACUAUUCGUUAACAGUAACAGUGAGCGAUUCAGGAUCACCGGUACGCUUUUCUACUGUUCCUGUAGUUAUUCAUGUAAUCGAUGAAAAUGAUAACAGUCCACAAUUCAUCAAUUCGACGUUCACGUUCACCAUCCAAGAAAACGAACCACCAGAUUCUUUCGUUGGAAAAUUGACAGCAACUGAUAAAGAUAUCGGCAGAAACGCAGAAUUAAUAUUUUCAUUGCCCAGUAGUCAAAACGACUUCUCUGUAGAUCCCAAAAACGGUUUCAUAAAAACCCUGCAUCUUUUUGAUCGCGAACAACUAGUGCAAACGACCGGGCAAAGUUAUCUGACAAUAGAAGCUACAGUUACAGAUAACGGAUCGCCAAGAUUGAGAGAUAAAGUUCAAGUAAACGUUUUCAUUACUGACGUGAAUGAUAAUCCACCGGUCUUUCUAAGAUUACCAUAUAGGGUUCAAAUUUCUGAAGGUGCCAGCGUCGGAACUCUGAUCAUCCGACUUUUUACGAGUGACGCAGAUGAAGGAUUGAACGGCGACGUGUUCUAUUCCAUUAUGAAUGGGAACGAAGACAAACGUUUUGAAAUCGACGAAGCAACUGGCCAAAUAACGCUUGCCAGAAACUUAGAUCGUGAGCAGGCAUCAAAAUAUACUCUCAGCGUGAUUGCUUCUGACGCGGGAACUAGCAGUUUGAGUUCCACUACUACAGUGAGCAUUGAGGUGCUUGAUGAAAAUGAUAAUGCGCCAGAAUUCACCCAAACAAGUUCAAAAAUAUCCAUCGUCGAAACUAUGGCAGUUAGUACUGAACUCAUGCAAUUCCGUGCAACAGACGCAGAUCUCGGAACAAAUAGCGAGGUAUCAUUUUCCAUAACGGCCGGUAAUAGGCGUGACACGUUUCAUGUGGACCCUUCGACAGGAACUUUAUAUUUACAUAAGCCUUUAGAUUACGAAGAUCUAAACGUUUACCACUUAAACAUAACCGCUUCCGAUAAUGGCAAUCCAAAAUUAUCGACAACGAUAAUGUUUACGAUAUAUAUAGAGGAUGCUAACGAUAAUCCUCCCGCUUUUCCAAACACUGCAAUUGUAAGACAGAUACGAGAAGGGAUUCCAACAGGGACACCGAUAGUCACAGUUACUGCUGAAGACGCCGACUCCGGAAUAAACGGAAAGGUAUCGUACACAAUUAUCCAUCAAGAGCCAAGAGAUGGGAAAAGACGUUUUAAAAUAAAUCCUUCUUCAGGAUUAAUUCACACAUUGCUACCUAUUGAUAGAGAAGAAACAGAUACUUUCCGAUUAAUCGUUGUGGCCACAGAUCAGGCAGAACCUGAAAGUGCUAGAUUGAGUGCUGAAAAGUUGGUAACUGUUAUAGUAGAAGAUUUAAACGAUAACGCGCCAGUUUUUGUUUCAAUGAACUCGGCAAUUCUUCCCUUACAACACAGAACAACUUUUGGAAGGGACGGGACUCUUAUUAUGAACGUUUUCGCUAAAGAUUUGGACUCGAGCACGAACGGAUUGGUAACAUACGAGCUUGUAAGCGACAAUAGCGAUUUGUUUCGCUUACACAGGAGCACAGGGGCUUUAACAUUAAAGAAGCCCAUUUUUAAUCCGGAACCUCGUUAUCAACUUGCAAUAAAAGCAACAGAUGAAGCCGUCCAAAGUGAAAGAAAAUCCACUGACGCUUAUGUGACAGUUAUUACUACUGGGUUAGAUUCGAAAGGGCCUACUUUUGAAAAAAGUAACUUUGAAGGGAGCGUAUUUGAAAACGAACCUCUCGGUACUAGUAUAUUAACGGUUUCGGCAAAAUAUGGGGCGCAAGAUGUCGAAUAUUAUGUGACAAAUGUGACCGGUGGUGGUGUUCAAGUGGACAGAUUGUUUGAUAUCGACACGAAUUUAGGAGUACUCUCGACAGCUGUAGAACUGGACAGAGAACAAGGAGUAAGCAGCUACGAAGUCGAAGUUUAUGCCAUUGUCAUCGGAGGGCCUCCCAAAACGUCAAAAACUAAGGUAAGAAUAGCUUUUAGUAACUUCAAUAAGCUUCGAACUUGA